AUGAGCCCUCUGUCCGAGAGCGCCUGCUCCGAGAUCCUGGCGGCCGCGAUUGCGAAGGCCGCCUUGCCUCAGUGCGCCGCAGACGCCGCCAUGCCCCGGAUGGGGCCGCCGCCCGAGGCCCCUUGGGAGGUGGGCCCCAGCGCGGCGGACGCCGGUGCUCCCCAGAUGGGCCCGCAGCCGCCCGCGCGCGGGCCGGGAGACCAGCCUCCGAUGCCGCCCGGCGACAGCUGCACCUCGCCAGUCGCCCCAGCGGACGACGAGGAGGAGCCGGAGAGCAAGGCGGGGAAGGCGGAGCACCAGGCGGAGCCUUUCUCGGAGGAGGACACGGUCUUCAUUUUCGACUGGGACGACACUGUGCUGCCGUCCACGUGGGUGCAGAGCCAGGGGCUGCGCCUCGACGACAGCUGCCAGGUCACGCCCGAGCAGUGGGAGCAGCUUCAGGAGGUCGCGGACAACGCUAGGGAGACGAUCAUGGCUGCCAAGCGGCACGGCCACGUGGUGCUGGUCACCAACGCAGAGCGCGGCUGGAUCGAGCUCAGCUGUGCGAAGUUCAUGCCCACGCUGGCGUGCGCCCUCGACGGCGUGAGGCUGAUCUCGGCGAGGACCACAUACGAGUCCGAGGACGUCGCGAAUCCCCUGGACUGGAAGGUGCUCGCCUUCGAAAACGAGAUCCGGCGCAUCUAUGCCGACAGGGCCGUGGAGCCGAAGCGGAGGAAAAACGUCCUGUCCCUGGGCGACAGCCUCCACGAGCGGGAGGCUCUGAUGAGAGUGACCUCUCAGCUGCCCAACUGUAGGUCGAAGUCCUUGAAGUUCGUAGAGCGGCCCGACAUCUCGCAGAUCGUCAAGCAGCACGCGCUCGUGACGAGCUGCUUCGAGCGCAUCGUCCACCACGACGGCAACCUGGACCUGUGCAUAAAGUGCGGUGGUGCCUGA